AGGAUCAGAACGCGUGAGGAAAAGAGUAGGGUGGUAAGGUUACUGACAAGGUAAGGUUACCGGAAUCGGCUGCCGCUCUAUAAAUCUAGGGUUUGGGAGCCUAGGGUUUCUCGUGCUCUCUCAGAGGUGGGUUGGUGUUUCCUCCCCCUCUUUCCCCCCUUCUUCGUCCUUUUCCUAGGGUUAGGGUUUCCGUUCCCCUCUGUCCGAUGGCGGCUACCGACGUUGAAUACCGCUGCUUCGUCGGCGGGCUCGCCUGGGCGACUGAUGGCGCCUCCCUUGAGAGGGCUUUCAGCCAAUUCGGCGAGGUCGUCGAAUCCAAGAUCAUCAACGAUCGGGAGACGGGGAGGUCGAGGGGCUUCGGAUUCGUGACCUUCAGCAACGAGCAGGCGAUGAGGGACGCCAUCGAGGGGAUGAACGGGCAGACCCUCGACGGAAGGAACAUCACCGUCAACGAGGCCCAGUCCCGGGGCAGUGGCGGCGGGUUCCGCAACGGCGGAGGGUAUGGCGGAGGUCGCCGUGAGGGUGGUGGCGGGUACAGCCGUGAGGGUGGCGGCGGUUACAGCCGCGGAGGCGGUGGCUACGGCCGUGACCGUGGCUACGGUGGAUCCCGCUUCUCGAGGGGCGGCGGCGGCGCGUCGGACGGGGACUGGCGGAACUAAGGCGUCUCGCCUGGCCGCGGUCCGAGAGGGCUGGGUUCAAGGAGGCGGAGUCUCUCGUACUAUCUAUCUGUUUGGAAGUGUUAUGGUGUUAUGGCUUUUUUGUUGGUUUGAUGUCGUCGUUAUCGUUUGUUUAGGUUUCCGUUCCGUUUAGUUAUGAGAAGGAGAGGGGUUGGAUGCUUAAAAACUUUAACAAUAGAGGGAGAGUAGUGGAGAAAAUGGGGGUAGUGGUUGUGGUUUCUGUUCCUUUGUUCUUAAUGGAUGCUCUAUCAUUCUGGACUUGAUUGGUA